AGUCUGACCCAAAGAUGGCUGACAGAUGGAAAUUGAUUUUACUUUGCUUUGUUUUAUCUUUAUUUGAUGAAGGUGAUUCUACUUUAAAUGGUGACCGAAAAAAGAGAGACGUGACGUUAUGUGGAGAGAUAGUUUCCGAGACACAGGGAGUAAUAGGUCCUCCAACGGCUGACGAAUACUACCUACCAAACCGAUUCUGUAGAUGGGAGGUCAGGGCAGAGGAAGGGCACAGACUACUUUUGUCAGCAAGAACAUUCGCAAUGGAAUUUUCUACGGGAUGUCACUGGGACUACCUUGAGGUGAGGGACGGCGGGGAUGACCACGCCCACAGGGUGGGUAAAUACUGUGGCUAUUCCCCUCUAGUCCUCCUCUCCGCCUCGGACACAGUCUUCCUGUACUUCUCAGCAGACGGUUCGACACAGGACCGAGGAUUCCAACUCGAUUUCAGGUCCAUUCCAGCAGCGAACUCUGAACUUUCACAAUGUAAUCAGCUGAUUGAGACCGAAGGCCUGAUUUCGAGUCCCAACUACCCAGAGGAGUAUGGACCUUAUUCUUACUGCGUGUAUUGGAUAAAGGCUCCUAGCGAUCAUGCACGCAUUCACCUGGAGAUACGUGAUGUCAGUUUAGAAGAUUCUGGAUGCCUUUUUGAUUAUGUCAAAAUUUACGACGGCAGAGAUUCACAUUCUCCCGCUCUACUGGAUAUUUGCGGAGACUCGACUCAUACCUCGUAUGUUACCUCCAGUGGUAAUCAGGCGCUUGUCACGUUCGUUUCGGAUGGGUACCUAGAGGACAGGGGUUUUCAAAUAGAUAUAAGCUUCAUCGAGAAUGACAGCGAAGAGGAAACUGAAUCUCAAGAAGAGUGCCAACAGGUAAUCGACGAGUCUAUGGAGGGCGUGGUGACAAGCCCUGGCUUCCCAGGUCUCUACCCUAACCAGGCCAGAUGUGAAUUGAUUCUAAGGUCACCCGAGCCCGACCACCAUAUACGACUUACCCUAGUCUAUCUGGAUAUGGAGGGAUCCAUUAAUUGUACAUUCGAUUCUUUGGAAUUUUUCGAUCGUACAACGGAAGAAGUCAAUUCUCUUGGAAAGAUUUGUGGCCAGACAACACAGAAUCUGAUAUACGUCACUAAAUCCGACACUCUAAAAAUAGUUCUGACGUCAGACUACCUCGUAACCGGAAGAGGUUUCCUUGGUGAUUACACCGUGUUACCAAAUGAAGUAUCCAACUGUAUGCCGCGAUGCAAUGAAAAAUCCGUUUGUGUGGAGGAAAAAGAAGCAUUUCGGUGUAUGGCCGGUAAACGAUGUGAGUACAACAUAUGUGAAAACGGCGAGUGUGUGCAACAGGAGGGGAAUCUCACGUGUCAUUGCACGUCCAGUUUCACAGGAAUGCUGUGCGACAUAAAAAUACAACCGCCAAAUAAUGUGGAGCUGCAGCCUGGACCACUAGAUAUCCACACAGACCAGUCCGCCAAUAGAGGAGAGCGGGUCAUCCUCGACUGUACAACAAAUGUCUCCGAUACUUUCUUUACGUGGGCGCUAAAUGAUCGCCUAAUCAUGGGAGACGCCGGUGUGAUAGAACAUGUCAACGGAAGCCUGGAAAUCCUCUCCUUUGGCGACGCUUAUGUAGGCAUGUACAAGUGUCUAACGGACUCGUUCGACACCUUUUCCCAAACAACGUUCAACCUUACUUUGAAGGAAGGCUGCAAUUUCGAGAUAGAGCUAUCGCCAUCGGAUGUGUCUGCAAUAAAUGGAGAUAGUGCCACAUUGAGUUGUACGUCCGGACAACACAACAUGACAUGGUUGAAGGACGGUCAGGAGCUCCGGGAGGACGAGGAAUACGAGUUAUCAGAGAACGGAACAGUGUUAACAAUUCUCGCUGUGACAGAGACAACGACAGGGGAAUACACAUGUUUACUGACCAGGGGAGAUAACUGUGAAGUGUCCAGGACUGUCCAAGUGGCCAACCUACCUCCAAGGAUAGACAAUGGAUAUUGUGGCAGACCUGCUGUACCGGAUAUGAUACCACGCAUGCUCGGAAGAAUAAGUAGAGGUCAAUCAGUACAACAAGGGUCAUCACCAUGGCAUGUGAUCUUAAGGGAUCGCAGGGAGAUGACAACGUUUUGUGGUGGCACUUUGAUUUCAAAGUCCUGGAUUCUGACAGCUGCCCAUUGUACCAGUAACGACCACUUUUCCAGAGAGUUUAACAAAUCGUUUGAUGCAAAUUAUGUUGACCUCUUCUUGGGCACUGAUCUGUGUAACGGUACAGGUGGAGAGAGAAGAGGCAUCCGAAGAUAUAUUCCACAUCCACGAUUCGGAGAACGGGCUCCAUAUGACAACGACAUAGCUUUAAUAGAACUCGAUACUCCUGUUGAAUACAACCGCCAGAUAAGACCAAUUUGUCUUCAAUCAUUGGAAGCAAUUGAGGGCGUUUUCAUGAACAGACGACUUGGUCGGACUGUCGGUAGAGUAAUAGGAUGUGGGAGGGUUCACGAACGAAUAACAGAAACGCCACCGUACGUUCGGGAUGUAUUCGUGCCGUACGUAGACCGAAGGUUUUGUUCCCAUGCGCGAAUAGGAAGCGGAAACUUUACUGAUUCCAUGAUAUGUGCCGGAUAUAACCGAGCCUACUUUGGCGACGCUUGCUCUGGUGACAGUGGGGGAUCUAUGUCGAUGCAGAGGACUGCGGAUGAUCCCUGGUUCUUAGUUGGAAUCGUAUCGUGGGGGGUCGGCUGUGAUAGACCAGGGCACUAUGGCUACUACACUCAUGUCGCCAAGUUCUUGGAUUGGGUUAGCAGAAUAACAGACUCAGAGUUUUUAGAAACGUUUUAACUUUGUUCACUUUGAAACUUCAAUAACGACAUAGCAAUAAAAACAUUAUAUUGUGGUACAUUUAUGUUUUAAAUACUGAUAUUGAUGUCAAAUAUUUUUAUCAGAAGCGUUUCUUCAACGGUAUCGGUUUCACCAGAAUAAAAUACCCUUAGUUAUCAUCUUGUAUCUGAUUGCUUGUAAAACAGUUUUAUUAUGACAUUGUAUUGCAACAUAGAGAAAACAACGUAGAUAUUAUGAAUUGUUUAUCACAAAAUUGUUUUAUUAAUGCGGUUUUACGUGUGACAACUUUUUCACAUUAAAGGUCUUCAGAGAUGUUCAGAGAUGUAAAAUUGUAUACUUAAAGUAAAUUAUACGCGUUGGUGUGUGACGGAACUUUUCCAGUAUUAAUUUUACAUCCGUUACCUUGUAAAAAGAACAAUAAUCGAUUUUAUGUUUGAAGCGUAAACUUUGUAAAGACGGCUGCCAUCUUCGAAACUUGUUUGAGAUUCAAUUGCGUUCCAUUAUAUGUUACCGAACCCAUUCAGUACAACUGGUACGACCCAAUAAAGGAACACACAGAUUGUGUCGUUAAUACGAUAUCUAUCAAACACUAUAUCAACCAGUACAGCUGAUAAGUGGUGCCGCUGAGUUCUGUAUUUAAUGGGUUAGGAAUACAUCAUUGGGAUGUACAUAAUAUGUACUGAAGCCACAAUAAGUAUUCGAUAUUUACUUAAUGCAAGUCAAUGCCAGUAAAUAAUAAAACAAUAUACGUUUUAUCUGUUUUUAUCUGCCAUGGUGUUUCGUCACAUUUUCAAAAGAACUUUAUGGGAAUAAAUCAAUAUAUAUGGAAAAUAAACAAUGCUUAUGUGUUAACCUUUUCAUAACGAACAAAUAGAAAAUAUAUCAAACUAAAUUUUUUUUUUGAAAUAUCUUUAUUGGCAUGAUUGAGUUCAUCAUGUCGCUAUAUAUAAAAACAAUGAUUAACAAUAAGCACUAUUCUCAUACAGCUGCAAUUUGUACAAGGUUUUUUGAUAGCUGACAGUGCAAUGAAAAUGACAUUUGCAUGCAUAUGUAAAUGAUAUAUUGACAAAUUUGUGUCUGACACUGCUCUGCUAACUACAUUGUGUAAUAGGUGACUUGGGGCAGCAGCUGAUUGAAACAAUUUCCCGCAGAAGUAUACCAAUGCCACAUUAGAAGAUCGAUAUUGCUA